AUGCCACUGAGUGUUUGCCUGACGAUGUGGAGACGAUCUCUGAAGACUCAGCUGCUGCAGUAUGACUCAACACUGGCUGUGUUUGGAACAGACUUUCAAAACCGGAUUGGAAAUGUGCGAUUGUUCGUUGUGGGUUCUGGUGCCAUUGGAUGCGAGCUGCUCAAGAACUAUGCCAUGUUGGGCAUUGGAUCUGGCCCUGGAGGCAUGAUCCUCGUCACUGACAUGGAUGCCAUUGAAAAGUCCAACCUCAACAGGCAAUUCUUGUUCCGUCCAUGGGAUGUCGGCAAGCAAAAGUCGUCCACUUCAGCUCUGGUUGUCAAGUCAAUGAACCCCCAAAUUCGCAUCAUGUCUCACCAGAACCGAGUCGGCAAGGACACUGAAGGCAUUUACAAUGAGUACUUUUUCAGCAGACUCACCUGUGUCACAAAUGCUCUAGACAAUGUGGAUGCCCGCAAGUACAUGGACUUGCGAUGCGUCUACUUCCGCAAGCCCCUUUUGGAGUCUGGAACCCUGGGAACCAAGGGUAAUGUACAGGUCAUCUUGCCCAACCUGACUGAGUCCUAUGGCUCGUCUCAAGAUCCCCCGGAAAAGUCCAUCCCUAUGUGCACCCUCAAGAACUUCCCGAAUGCCAUCGAGCACACUUUACAAUGGGCCAGGGAUCUUUUCGAGGGCACCUUCACCACUGGGCCUCAGGAUGCCGAUUCUUACAUCAAUGACCCUGAGUUCAUGGACAGGACUCUCAAGUUGCCUGGCAGUCAACCUAUGGACAUCUUGGAGAAGGUCAAGUCGCAUUUGGUGGAUGACAAGCCCAGCAGCUUUGAAGACUGCAUUGCCUGGGCCAGGCUCUUCUGGGAAGAGCUGUUUGUCAAUGUCAUCAAGCAGCUGUUGCACACUUACCCCGCAGACACAACUACGGAAAGUGGGCAGCCGUUUUGGAGUGGUCCGAAACGACUUCCGCAUGCCUUGUCUUUUGACUAUGACGAAGAAAAGUGCCAGGAAUUCGUUGUGGCUGGUGCCAAUUUACGAGCAUUGAACUAUGGCUUCAAGGAGAACCGUAUUGCUGGGAAAAUUAUUCCUGCAAUUGCCACCACAACUUCUCUAGUUUGUGGGCUUGUCUGCAUUGAGUUGUACAAGUUGGUUCAGGGCCACAAGAACUUGGAGAGAUUCAAGAAUGGUUUUAUCAACUUGGCACUGCCGUUUUUUGGGUUCUCCGAGCCAAUUCCGGCUGAUGUUCACACGUACCACGACAAGAAGUGGACAUUGUGGGACAAGUUCGAGAUCAGGGAAGAGAAGGCGCCGACAAUGACGGCAUUCAUUUCAUUGUUCAAGAGACAACACAAACUAGACGUGACCAUGGUUUCUUAUGGCGAGACAAUGUUGUUCGCUGAUUUUAUGCCUGAAGACAAGAUCCGAGAGCGGUUGAAGAUGUCCAUGAGAGACUUGGUUGUUCAGGUAGCUGACGAUGAUAUUCCGCAUUGGAAGAGAGCCCUUGAUUUCGAAGCUGCAGCUGAAGACAAGGAUGAAGAAGAUGCAGAUAUUCCUCCUAUUCGAUAUGUCUUGAGUCAAUCAUAA